GCUCUGUUUGGUGAGCCGGAUAACUGCUUAUGUGUUUGAACUUUUCCAGGGAAAUGCAAGUCAAAGCCUUUCCCCGUCUCUUUUCCACUCACUUUCCUCUCGAGAUUUGCUUCAAAUUUCACUUUUCUUUUCAUAUGGUUAUAUAGGAAAUGCUGAUCUUCUGAAUCCUCAUCGUUGGAGCUUCAACAAAUACGGCGAUGGCUACAAUGUCGAUGUCAGUCAACUGUUCAAAUUGCCACACACCAUUACAGCUACCACCGGGAACCAGCUCCAUCCGCUGUCUGCUCUGCCACGCCAUCACACAAGUACCGCGGCAAUCUUCCCGCAAUCAACAUCACCACAGUAUACAGCCUCCAGCGACUGUUCCUUCUCCGCUCAACCACGGGGUGCCGGGCCCACCCCCAUCCAUACACGGGCCCAAGCGAGCUGUGAUUUGUGGCGUGUCUUACAAGAACACCAGGCACGAGCUCAAGGGCUGCAUUAACGAUGCUAAGUACAUGAAGUACUUGCUGCUUAAUCGGUUCAAAUUCCCCGAGUCCUCCAUUAUCAUGCUUACUGAAGAAGAAACUGAUCCUUACAAGCUGCCUACCAAAUACAACAUUAGAAUGGCAUUGUACUGGCUUGUGCACGGUUGCCAACCUGGAGACUCUCUGGUGUUUCAUUUUUCUGGUCAUGGUUCACAACAGAGAGAUUACGAUGGGGAUGAAGUCGAUGGAUAUGACGAAACACUGUGUCCGACAGACUAUGAAACUCAGGGGAUGAUUGUUGAUGAUGAGAUAAAUGCAACAAUUGUCAGGCCUCUUCCUCGUGGCGUUAGGCUUCAUGCAAUCAUAGAUGCUUGCCACAGUGGAACAGUGUUAGAUUUACCAUUUUUAUGUAGAAUGGACAGACAUGGGAAGUAUGUUUGGGAGGAUCAUCGCCCUCAAUCAGGCAUGUGGAAAGGAACAAGUGGUGGAGAGGUCAUUUCCUUCAGUGGCUGUGAUGAUAAUCAAACCUCUGCUGACACUUCAGCUCUAUCAAUGAUUACAUCAACUGGUGCAAUGACUUAUUCUUUCAUCCAAGCCAUUGAGCGUGGACAUGGAACUACUUAUGGGAACAUGCUAAAUGUGAUGCGUUCCACCAUUCAAAACAAGAAAAACGAGCUGAACGGUCGUAUUCUGACACCGCUUCUUACCAUGCUCUUUACCGGUGGAAGUUUUAAUGGGUUGAAACAGGAACCACAAUUAACUGCCAAUGAGUCAUUUGAUGUGUACAAAAAACCUUUCUCCUUGUAAAUGAGCUGCUCCAGUAUUCUCUCAGCUUUAUUAUAUGAUUCAAGUGAGUCCCUUCUGUACAGUUCCUUGGGAAAAAUCUACCGAUCCAUUAUUUUAUUUUGAGCAGUUCCUUCUUUUUUUUCUUCUGAGAAUUAAAUGAUUAUUAUGAUUACAAUUUACACAAUCCCUGAAUCUGACUUAUUGAUUCUCAAGGUUUGAUUCCUA